CUGUGCUGCUCAGGUGCUGGAGGAGCUGGGACUGCGGCAGGUGCCGUCGCUUCUUGGUGCAGCCAUGCAGGUCUCCAGCCUCAACGAGGUGAAGAUUUACAGUCUCAGCUGCGGCAAGUCCCUUCCCGAGUGGUUGUCUGAUAGGAAAAAGAGAGCACUGCAGAAGAAAGAUGUUGAUGUCCGUAGGAGAAUUGAACUUAUUCAGGAUUUUGAAAUGCCUACUGUGUGUACCACUAUUAAGGUGUCAAAAGAUGGACAGUAUAUUUUAGCAACUGGAACAUAUAAACCCCGGGUUCGGUGUUAUGACACCUAUCAGUUAUCCUUGAAGUUUGAAAGGUGUUUAGAUUCCGAAGUUGUCACCUUUGAUAUUUUAUCAGAUGACUAUUCAAAGAUUGUCUUCUUACAUAAUGAUAGAUAUAUUGAAUUUCAUUCACAAUCAGGUUUUUACUACAAAACCAGAAUACCAAAGUUCGGGAGAGAUUUCUCUUAUCACUAUCCAUCCUGUGAUUUGUACUUUGUUGGUGCAAGCUCUGAAGUUUACAGAUUAAAUUUAGAACAAGGACGAUAUCUGAAUCCUCUACAAACUAAUGCUGCGGAGAACAAUGUUUGUGACAUAAAUUCAGUGCAUGGCUUGUUUGCCACAGGAACAAUUGAGGGUCGAGUGGAGUGCUGGGACCCAAGAACUCGAAAUAGAGUUGGCCUGUUAGACUGUGCGUUAAAUAGUGUCACAGCAGAUUCAGAGAUAAACAGUUUACCAACCAUCUCUGCUUUGAAAUUUAAUGGUGCUUUGACCAUGGCAGUUGGAACAUCUACAGGGCAGGUUUUAUUAUAUGAUCUUCGCUCUGAUAAGCCACUGCUAGUUAAAGAUCACCAGUAUGGUCUACCCAUUAAGUCAGUUCAUUUCCAGGAGUCAUUAGAUCUGAUUUUGUCUGCAGACUCUCGAAUUAUCAAAAUGUGGAAUAAGAACUCAGGGAAAAUAUUUACUUCCUUGGAACCAGAACAUGACCUUAAUGAUGUUUGCCUGUAUCCCAACUCAGGAAUGCUUUUCACUGCCAAUGAAACCCCCAAGAUGGGCAUCUAUUACAUUCCGGUUUUGGGUCCUGCUCCGCGGUGGUGUUCCUUCUUAGACAACUUGACGGAAGAAUUAGAAGAGAACCCAGAAAGCACAGUUUAUGAUGAUUACAAAUUUGUCACCAAGAAAGAUCUUGAAAAUUUAGGACUUACACAUCUCAUUGGAUCACCUUUUCUUCGGGCAUAUAUGCAUGGAUUUUUCAUGGAUAUAAGACUAUAUCACAAGGUGAAAUCAAUGGUAAAUCCAUUUGCUUAUGAAGAAUAUAGGAAAGAUAAAAUUCGACAGAAGAUAGAAGAAACACGUGCACAGAGAGUCCAAUUAAAGAAAUUGCCAAAAGUGAACAAAGAACUCGCUCUUAAAUUAAUAGAGGAAGAAGAGGAGAAACAAAAAUCUACAUGGAAAAAGAAAGUUAAGAACCUUCCUAGUAUUCUCACCGAUGAUCGAUUUAAAGUUAUGUUUGAGAACCCUGACUUCCAAGUAGAUGAAGAAAGUGAAGAAUUUAGGCUUUUGAAUCCACUUGUUUCAAAAAUUAGUGAGAAAAGGAAGAAGAAACUAAGACUCUUAGAGGAACAAGAACUUCGUGAAAAAGAAGAGGAGGAAGAACCAGAAGGAAAACCCAGCGAUGCAGAGAGUUCCGACAGUUCAGAUGAUGAGAAAGACUGGGUGGAAGAAGUCAGGAGGCAGCGCAGACUCCUGCGGCAGGAGGGAAAGGAGACGUGGCAGCACCAGGUCCAGGAGGACCAGCAGACGGUCCUGCAGCCCCAGUUCUAUGAGAUCAAAGCAGGGGAAGAGUUCAGAAGCUUCAAGGACUCAGCCACAAAGCAGAAGCUGAUGAACAAAACCCUUGAAGAUCGUUUGAAACUCGAAGCCAAAAAUGGGACAUUGAAUGUAUCAGACACCACUGUUGGCAGCAAACAGUUGACAUUCACAUUAAAGAGGUCAGAACAGCAGAAGAAGCAGCAGGAGGCUGAGAAGCUGCAUCGACUAGAGAGGAAGAAACUCCGUCGUUCUGCCGGUCACUUGCGGUCCAAACCCAGAAGAGGUCGGUCGCGGCAUUGAGCGUGGAAAUGGCCUGCAUGUGAUUCGGAGGGUCUUCCUAACUGAUCCUCUUGAGGACAUGAAGUCAGAUGAGGGAGUGCAAGUGCUCAAGCCGCACAUCAGGGCUGGUGUGCGCUGGUCAAAGUUUGAUGCCAGGUCUGCCAUUCCGCCACUCAGUAGCCCCCAGGGUGCUUUUUCUAAGUUGUCACUCCUUAUAAUAUUGUUCUUUUCACGCUUAAUCAAGUAAACCAGGUGGUUGUUUUUAAUGUUUUUAAAGGUGUGCCAUGAAAUGAACAGUUUUCCUAUGUAGAAAAAAAGAUUUAUCAUGUUCUAGGGGUUUUUUCCUCAUCCUGUCUACUGCCAUUCUCCAGUUAGCCACCUGGAAAGACUGUCCCCAUGUUACCUGGUGCCUGUGUAUUGACCCUGUUUGAGUUGAUAGGUUGGUAUUGACAGGUCAUUUUCUGGCUUAUAUAUUAGUUUGGGAUAUUUUAAAACUAUUUUUAUACCAACAGCAUAAAUUAAUUUUAAUAAUAAUAAAAAAGAAAUGGAAGCUA